CGCAAAGCAAACUUCACGCGCGUUGGGGCAGCGGGCGCUCAACACUCAACACACCUACCACCUGUUUUGUGCGCUGCCUUUGAAUCUAUAGCUGUGCACUCGAGUACUAUGCCCACCACCGCCUACCUCACCGCAUCGCAUCCAACAUCUACUAUAAGCACCCAAACCUGGCUACUACUGCCCAGUUAGCCCCGCGUAACACAACAGCACGCAUGUCAACCGGCAGCGCGGGCUACAUUCCUGGGCCGCGCUGUUGCUGUGGUAGCAGCGACUGUGCCUUCCUCGCCCAUAACGGCCGUCUGCUUGAGGGUCUCGAACGAGAUGUCUCCAAGGCUGCACAGCUCGGUCAAGCCCUGCUCGUCCGCCAUGAAGCCUACGUCGCCGACUCGGAGCGCGAGCGCCGGCAGAUGAUGGCCAACAUCGAGCGCCUGGAGAGCGAGAAACUGGAGCUCGAGGCCAAGAAUGCGCAGACGAUCAAAGAGAAUCGCAAUCUCCUGGACCAGCUCGAGCAGCUGAACGAGUCAAUAUGCGGCUCGGACGCCCAGAUCCAGGCCUUACAGGACACGCUGCGCUCGACCGAGGAGGAACUGCAACGGUUGGCUUCUCUAGCAGCACGCACACAACUGCUGGAGGCCCAACUAUUCGAUCUGGAGCGAGAGCAGUCGCGACUACAGCACAAUUUCGACACCAAGACAAUUGAGGAGCGCACGGCCAUACAACGCUGGCAAAAGGCCGAACGAACGCUUGGCGACCUGCAGGACCAAAUCGACCGCAUCGAACGGGAGGCUCGCGACGAAAGGGAACGUCAUGUCGAGGUUGUUACACGUAUGGAGAGGAGGAUGGCAGUCGAGGGCGAGCUGAGCUCAGCGGCAGCACGUCUCAAAGCAAAAGCUGGCCAGGAGAAGGGUGGCAGUACUGUCGUCUCUCACUUCGUCAAGGACAUACUACUGGAUAACGCAAACCUGCAACAUGGCAUUCUGGAACUACGCGAAAUGCUAGUCAAUUCUAACGAAGAAGUUGAACGAUUACGGGAUCAGCUGAGGAUACACCAGCCUAUCUCGACGUCACCAGUUCAAGAAGUUCCUGGAUCGACACUUGACAAGGAGGUUGACCUGGAGAAUGAGAUUGUCGAGCCAGUUGGAGGCCAGGAGCUGCACAUACACCACCACUACCAUGGAUCGAAGUCGAGCAAGAAUCUACCCAAGGUCACAGCGCAAAGACGACACAGCAAGAAGAAGCGCUUCAGCCUCACAUCUGGCCACUUCGACCCUGCACCAUCUCUCAAACGAAACUCAACCGCCACCAUUCUGUCCCAGACUUCUGUGACUGUGCCCAACUCCCACCGCUGGUCACAGGCAACAACACUUGGUCCUGGUUCUCUACCAAGCUCACCGGUCUCUGAUUCGCAUCGUGGCUCUAUGUACGACCGUGUGUUCAGUGACGCAGCCUACGACUCCUCCAGACCUACCAGUCCUCCUGACUCGAUUGACAUACGCUCUCCCAUGUUUGGACCUGCGAAGUCCAAUGACUUCUCUUUCGACCCAGAUGCUGAGCCUCGUCAUCACCGAAGGAGCAGAUCUCGAAGUCUGAAGCCACCUGCGAUGCUGUCCACAUUUCGCAGCGCUAGUAGCCCAAUCGCCAUGACCACUAAAAGUGCUGCUCAUGCUGUGAUUUCUGCCGCCAGCAGCCCAGCCAACUCAUAUAUCAACGACACCUUCGCCCUUUCUACGAGUCCCUCGAUGCACCUUGAACCUCAGGCCGCGAUACCCGAAGAGAACGAGGACUCUUCUAUCUUCUCAUCUGAAAACGCCCUGGUCACUUCACCAGACGAACCUGAAACUGACAAUGACCUACAAUCACCUAUCGCGCGUACACGACCUGCGCUACGUCGUCACGCAUCUCACGAAUCGCUCAUUUCAAUUUCUGGUAUGGACAUACAUACAUUACAGUCUCGGCCUGCACAACUCCUAAUGUCGAAUCGAUCACGCUUCUCAACACCUAAAGGCGCCGGCUCAGUCGAUCCUGAACUCACUCCCUGGACAGCCACCGCGCACGGCAGCCUUUCGCAAGGUAGGGCAGACAGCAACGACAGUCGCUCCUUCCUGUAUUCUACAAUCGCAAAUCAGAAGCGGGGCUCAAGGACGAGCGAUGCGCCGCCUGCAGGCAAGAGCUCCGGUGGCUGGUUUUUUGGCAAGUGGGGGGCAACUCCAACAUCGACCUUGACAACACCUGCCGCAUCACCGUCUCUACGACCUACCUCCUCUGAGUCGCGCCAGACACAAUCCUCGACAGACACCGCGAAAGCAACCACGCUCGAAGCCACAGCUGCCAAGAGACCUGCGAAGCCAAAGCUGAGGCCAAGUGGUGUCAACCAAAACGGUCCUAUCUGGGGCUUCUUCGACAGCAUACCCGAGACACCGACCAAAGUGGUCGUUGUGGACUAUGAUGCUGAGGCUUUGGGUGAGGCGCUGAAUGACCGUAGCCCACCUCGCGCAGUGGCUGAAGUCUAGGCAAGGUCGGCGAGCCUGUGCAUGACCUUCGUUUCUCUUUCCUUGUAAUUAUCAGCGAUUACUACAUCCUACUAUCUUUUAAUCAUUUCCUAUUGUUACUGCAUAGAGCGUCAUAUCAUUUUUGGAUAGAAGAAUGAGUGUAUGGCAGCAGAAAGGGUCCUGUGACGUGAGAGGACGUUGAAUAUACCCCCAAGACCGUACGGUAAUCUCAUAUGUAUUGAGAGAGCAGGAUAGCAGUAUCAUAAUGACAAGUAUAUAUCUCAU